UAGCUUGCGGCUUUGCGACGUACGACUAAUGUAGAAUAGAAAACUUUUCACAUCAGUGCAAAAAUAUUCCGUUUUUAUUGGCAGUGUAAAGUGCAAAGAGCCAUAAGGGCGUAUAUAAGGGUGGCAAGGGAACGUAAGACUAACAACAACGGACUCGUAUUCUGCUCCUUUGACACGUACACAAGAGUUCCCCCCCCCCACAAAAACGUGCGUCGAGAAUCCCCACGUGCGUGGAUCGCACGUUGCAUUCACGUGGAAUUCACAAAACCGCACGUUGGAUUUCCCGUGGACACGACGUUCCUGUUUUCGUGGGUCGUUGUCACCGGCUCAAAAUCGGCUGGAAUCAAUCUAAACCUAAACCUAAAAGUUAUAAGGACAAUCUCAUAUUCUCGAAAUUUCUACAAGCUGCAUCAUCAUUGGUGACAUUAAAGAAAUACGACUGGGCUGUCUUCGGCCACUAGAAAACAUAUUUGUCUACGAUUGGCGUACAGCCUUACAUCCGAUCGGACCCAAACAUACAGGUUUAUCACACGAGUUUCAAGUCACAACUAGUAACGAUAAUGUUAAUAUAUCAGAGAAUUCUUCUUUUAUUUUGAUAUCGUGAACGUUAAUUUGCACUCCUCUCUGUGAAAAUGUCCAGCAAACGUCCAGCAAGCGAUCAGAAAGGCACAUUUGUCGAUUCAGAAGAUGUGUCCGUUAUGGAGGUAGAUUUGGACCCGAGCAUGAAGAUUGACGAAGGUGCGAAGAGUGCAGAGAAUAUCAAGAACGCCGAAAAUAUCGGAAAUGUAACGAUAGACGUCAGUGAGAAUUUGAUGGAUUUAUUAAGAUUGACAACCAACAUUAUGAUAAAUGUGAUCAAAAAUGAAAAUUUGACGAAAUCAGACGCACUUCUUAGACAGACAGAAGCAAACAUGAACAAACUUUUUCAAUUUCUGCAUCUGGGAAGCUCGCAAAACAUAAAACCCGACGACAGUACGAUUCUUGCACAAGCAUAUUUAAAUAUAUCUACAGUAUACCAUAAUUUGAAUUCAAAAAGGGAAAAAAUAUACAUCGCCGAAGCUUAUCUUACGCGAUGUAUAAAGUUGCUAAAGGAUAAAAAAGUAGAUCGCAAAACUAUUAUGAUUCUUAUCUCAGCGAAUUUUGAAUUAGGCCACAUUUGGUAUAAAUUGGACAAUCAAGAAAAGUCAAAAAAAUACUACUAUGAAAUAUUACAAUUGUAUACGUUGUACACGCAGGGAAAGGACGAUUAUCCUGUUCCUGUCUAUAUCCCAUCUAUUAUCGAUAUAAAUGCAAGAUGCUAUUUCUCUAAUUUGGAUACAUUAUAUUGGCAGGCUCUACAUGAUCUGUCAACGUUGUUUAACAAAGCUAAUAUAUCUGUGAUCGAAAACGAAAUCGUCGUGACGCAUUUGCAUAACUUAUUGGCGAAAUAUUUAAAAAGGAUGCCAUCGAGCAUGGGACGUAUCAAGUGGGUUAAGCACACGAUAGAAUUAGCUAAAUUGCUUUUAGCAUACGAUCGAUUUGUUGAAGCUAAAAAUCACAUCGCUGCCGCAGCUUUUGCGGUGAGGCAAUUUUAUGACGAGGAAUUUGAGAAAAUUGACAUAUCCACAUUUUCGGAGAAGAUGAACGCAUUAAACAAUCAAUAUAUUUAUGAGUAUAACAGGAUUAACUUGUGCUGGGCAUCGUAUGGAGUUACGCUUUUGUGCGCGUCGAUAAGGCGGCUAUUCACACAGAAUAAUAUACGAGAGGACGAAUCUCACGAGACCGACUUCAGACAAUCAGAAUCCGGAAAUGAUUCCGCGACACAACCGACAAAGUUACUAUUUAUCGAUCUAGAGGAAGAACUGCGAGAGUUUACUGCUAUAGACAGAGACACGUACGUUACGAAUUAUCACGAUGCUCUAACACUUUUUCAGAAUGUUCUGCGCAUGCUUCGUCAGAUAGAGAUGUAUAUUAUACAGAAAACUUCAGACUUCAAUUUACGUAUGGAAUUUAUUCAAUGCAUUUCCAAAGGAUACAAAUAUAUAUUGUACUACGAGCGAGACAGAAGCAGACAGUUAGAAUUGCACAAAGAAAAGAUUGCCAUUUUAAAUAAUAUUACACAAUUACUAGACCCAAUUGAGGAUUCGUAUCUAUACGGACGUGUUUCGUUGGAGCUUGCAAUUGCAAGAUCCAAUAUGUUAGAUGUACAACUUGAAAAUCUCGAGAUAAACGAGGAUUCAAUGAGUUCGUUAAAAAUCAAAGAGUUAGCAGACUCAAUCGUAGAAAACUUUCACUCAUAUUUGCAAAAGAAUUCUCUAAAUAAUCUCGAUGAAACAAUUGCCCGAUAAAAAAGACCAGGUCCCCUGUUACACAGGAUAGAAAACUGUCACACGUUAGCACAUUGCAAAUGGAAAGCUUACGAGUCCAUAAAACUAUUCCUCAAAAGAAAAGCAAUAUGAGAUAAGAAAUAAAGAAAUUUUUAUGCCAAAGAAUUGGCACAUAAAAAUGGAAUUUUCAUAUACCAUGUUUAUAUCAGAUGCCAUGUGUAUAUCAGAUAAACAAUAUCAUACAACUAAGAUUAAACUUAUUGUACUGUUAUUUCACGAGUAUCUCGUGUUGUGAAAUGUAUGAGAUAAAUUGGGAACUAUUUUAUACUUUUAACAGUUAAAUAAAUGAUAAAAGUUAAGUAAA